GGGAAACCGGAUAUUUCCCCACUUACCUGCAAGCAGAGGGCCAAGGGGGCGUGGCCGUGGAAGGGGGCGGGGACUGUGGGCGUGGUCUGUGGUGUGGGCGGGGCCUGGAGCUGGGCGGGGCCUUCCGGAGCGGGGGCUGGGGGCAGCUGUGGCGGAUGGGAGGAGCGAAGGCGCCUGCUGCGGGACAGCAUUCAUCCCGUUCCCCCUCCAGGAUCAUGGCAGAUCACCUUGACCUUCUCUUAAGAGUGGUGCUUGUGGCUGGUCCUGUGUUUGGAAGUUCUCCUUGCUCCUUGGUUGGUGUGACAGCCGUAUUUCGUUUCUGCAACUUCACCCAGAUUCCCCAGGUCCCCAACAGCACAGAGAACCUCCUUCUAAGCUUCAACUACAUCAGCACAGUUACUACCACAUCAUUCCCCCUCUUGAAGCAGCUCCAGCUGCUGGAGCUUGGAACCCAAUACACUCCCUUGACCAUCGGCAAGGAGGCCUUUAGAAACCUUCCCAAUCUUAGGAUCUUGGACCUGGGCAAAAGUCAGGUGGACUUCUUGCAUCCAGAUGCUUUCCAGGGAUUGUCUCACCUGUUUGAACUUAGGCUGUUUGGCUGUGGCCUCUCUGAUGUUGUAGUAAGAGAUGGCUAUUUCAGAAACUUAAGCUCUUUAGCUCGCUUGGACCUAUCCAUGAAUAAGAUCAAUAGCCUUUCCCUUCAUUCUUCCUUCCAGGAAUUGAAUUCCUUAACAUCUAUGGACUUUUCUGUCAAUCAAAUAUUCACUGUAUGUGAGGAUGAGCUCAAACCCCUCCAAGGAAAAAUGUUCUCUUUGUUCAGCCUCAAAGCUAAUAACUUAUACAUCAGAGUCUCUGUAGACUGGGAGCAGUGCAUGAAUCCAUUCAGAAACUUCCAGCUGGACACCCUUGAUGUUUCUGGCAAUGGCUGGACAGCUACCAUCACAGAAAACUUUUGCAACGCCAUCAUGGGAAGCCAGAUCUUCUCUUUGAUCCUGGACCACCAUAUAAUGGGUCCUGGCUUUGGAUUCCAAAACUUCAAAGAUCCUGAUGAGAACACAUUUGCUGGCCUUGCCAGAAGCUUGCUGGCUUACCUGAAUCUUUCACAUGGUUUUAUCUUCUCCUUGAACUCCCGAGUCUUUCAGAAGCUCAAGAACUUGAAGGUUCUGCAUCUUUCCUACAACAAGAUAAACACGAUUGCAGUUCAUGCAUUCUAUGGGCUCGACAGCCUCCAGGUUCUCAAUAUGUCUUAUAACCUUUUGGGGGAACUUUAUAAUUCCAACUUCGAUGGGCUACCUAGAGUAACUUACAUUGACCUUCGAAUGAAUCACAUUGGGAUCAUUCAAAAAGAAACAUUCACAUACCUCGGAAAAUUACAGACCUUGGAUCUCCGGGACAAUGCUCUUAAUAGCAUUGAUUUUAUUCCAAGCAUACCUACUAUCUUUCUGGGUGGAAAUAAACUGGUGACUGUAGCAGGGAUGAACUUUACAGCCAACUUUCUCCAGUUAUCUGAGAACAAGCUAGAAAGCCUGGCUGAACUCUAUUCCCUCCUCCAGAUACCUGAUCUCCAGAUUCUCAUUUUAAAUCACAAUCGUCUUUCCUCUUGUAGGCCACAAGAUCCUCCUUCAGGAAACCUCAGCCUACAACAGCUCUUCCUGGGAGAAAAUAUGCUGCAACUUGCCUGGGAAACUGGAUCCUGCUGGGAUGUUUUUAAGGGUCUUUUCAAUCUCCAAAUUCUAUAUCUGAAUAAUAACUACCUUAACUUCCUUCCACCUGGAGUAUUUAGUGACCUGAUCGCCUUAAGGGGACUCGUCCUCAACUCUAACAGGCUGACAGUUCUUUCACCGGACAGUUUACCAGCUAAUUUAGAGAUAUUGGAUAUAUCCAAGAACCAGCUUCUAUCUCCAGAUCCUAGUUUAUUUACAUCACUUAGGUUCCUGGACAUAACGCAUAACAAGUUCAUCUGUGAAUGUGAACUUAGCGCUUUUAUCCGUUGGCUUAACCAAACCAAUGUCACUAUAUUUGGCUCUUACACUGAGAUGUACUGCAUGUACCCAGAUUCAUUUUUAGGUGUUUCUCUAUACAAUGUUUCCACAGAAGGCUGUGAUGUAGAAGAAGCCUUCAAGACCCUAAGGUUUUCUCUUUUCCUCUUGUUCACAGUCACAUUGAUUCUGUUCCUCAUGACCAUCCUCAUAGUCACAAAGUUCCGGGGGGUUUGUUUCACCUGUUAUAAUACAGCCUGGAGACUGGUAUUCAAAGACCAGGCCCAGGGAACAGAGGCCGAUACAUACAAAUAUGAUGCCUAUUUUUGCUUCAGUAGCAAAGAUUUUGAAUGGGUACAGAAUGCUUUGCUGAGACAUCUGGACACUCAGUACAGUGACCAAAACAGAUUCAACCUGUGUUUUGAAGAAAGAGAUUUUGUCCCAGGAGAAAACCACAUAGCCAACAUCCAGGCUGCAGUGUGGAGCAGCAGGAAGACCGUGUGCCUUGUGAGUCGACAUUUCCUUAGGGAUGGCUGGUGCCUAGAAGCCUUCAGUUAUGCCCAGAGCAGGUGUUUAUCCGACCUCAACAGUAUCCUUAUCAUGGUGGUCAUCGGGUCCCUGUCACAGUACCAACUGAUGAAACAUGAGAAUAUCAGAGGAUUUGUCCAGAAGCAGCAGUAUCUGAGGUGGCCAGAGGACCUUCAGGAUGUUGGGUGGUUUCUUGAUAAACUCUCCCAACGCAUACUAAAGGAAGGAAGAGGAAAGAAAGAAGAUGGCCACAUUCAGUUACAAAGGGUAAUAACCAUCAACUAGCGAAGGAACAGUUUCAUUGGUCUGCAGGCCAUAUAUUAUCCUUCACUUUCUAUGAGCUUAAAGUGACCAUAUUGGGGUCCCUCUCAGGAAGUCCUUUUCCUACUAUGAAACCUCAGCCUCUUGAUUUUAAUGUCAACAUAGUGUUUUUUUUUCUCACUGAUUCCAAAUAGAAAAUAAGAGAUCUAGAAAAUUGAAACAGUCUCUAGAGGUACUCACCAUUGAUUUCCUUCAGACUCACCUAAUAGUGUCCUCUCCUGUUGUAUCGAGUAUGGAUGUCUCCUAGUCACAGCAAGGGCAUGGUAGAGGAGCAUCUUGGGAGAAUGGGCUGCCUCACCACUCUGAGCUGUCUGUAUUCUGCAAAGCAAUGCUAAGUAGGAAAUAAAUAGAAGAGAUGCAUUUCCUCCUUUGGAUAUGGGAACAACGCCAUUGCUAGGUGCUUGUCACCAUCCAUCUUAGGGAUAAGAGGUGGCUUCAAAGAAGUUGAGUGAGAAUGACAAUAUACCCUUGACAAUAUCUCUCUGUGGCCAGGAUGUACUUCUUGUCCUGACCACCUGUUCCUCCAGGUUGAACCCUUGUCAGUAGAUCAUAAUGGUUCUGUUGCAUGUAACUUUUCUUUCAGCCUGGCACUUGACACCAGAAUAUAGGCCUGGCUCACAUGGAUGCUGGGUUGAAUUCUGAUUCUGGUGCCAAUUAGCAAAUAACAAGGAUGUUACUGAGCCCCGGCUUUCUCACCUGUAGGCAUAACAGUGUCUACCUCACAAAGCUGCUGUGGAAACAACACUGGCCAAGAACGUCAGGGCUUCUUGAGUCUUUCCUUCCGUUGACUUUGUGGCCACAACACAGUUCAUGCACUAAAGGGCCUCUAGAGACAGUUGCAAUAUCUUUGGCUUUGUACUUUUGCUAAUCCUAAAAAGAAUCUACAUGUGUUUUGCAUCCUAAUCUUU